CGAUGAUUCAGCUCAAGACCCUCGUCAAUUGCAUCGACAACUCCGGCGCCGCCAUAGUGGAGUGCGUCAACGUCCUGCGAUCAAAGCGGCCCGCCAAAGUUGGCGAUCGCAUAGUAGUUGUCGUCAAGAAGCAGCGAAACUUCGGCCCCGAGACAGGCAACAGCGUCUCCAUCAGCGCAGCGAACAAGGUCCGACGAGGUGACGUGCGACAUGCCGUCGUCGUGCGCACAGCGAAGAAGUGGCAGCGCCCAGACGGCAGCGUGGUCAAGUUCGACGACAACGCCUGUGUGCUGAUCAACAAGGCUGGAGAGCCCAUUGGAUCGAGAGUCAGCGGCGUCGUGGCAGCAGAACUGAAGCACAAGGAGUGGUCCAAGAUCUUGUCGCUUGCACCCAUGCAUGUAUGAGGGGGAGCAUCACGCAUUUGCGAAGAGACAUGAUAUGAGGGAAGAAGUGCAUUUUCAGGAGUCUAUGGAGCGCUGGGAUGAUGUAAAACAGAUGUAUGCCAUUUUCAGUACCCACGGGUAUCAGAAGACUCGUUUCCAGGACUCCGUGCCGUAAAUAUCAAGAGAUCAAACGCCUAUUCUA